CCCCCCUUUUUUUUUCUCUUACUCUCUGUCUCUAAAACUACAUCCUAGAUAUCCCGUGCCGUGUGAGAGAGAGAGGGAUGUGGAGAUAAGGCUGAAGGCUUUAUCUUAUAGUGUAGAGUAACGCUGAUUGGUUAGAAGAGCGGUGCCCGAUGGCGACUUGUUCAUUUAGGAAGACGACGCUGUCGCACGCGCAGAAGACGGUGCUCGCCAUGUCCCGCGCCCAGUACCUCGAGGACAUACGGGCCACGCGGCCCGCGGACAAGCUCUUCGUCGGCGUGUGCAUCUUCCGCAUGGACGCGCACAGCUCGCGGCCCUCCGUCUUGCUGCUCCGCCGGUCCUCUUCGUCCUCGUCUCCCCCGUCCGCCCUGUCCUCGUCUUCCGCCACCACCCCCGAGUCGACGGCUAUUUUUUCUUCUCCUUUUUCUUCUCCUUCGUUUCCUAGUACGCCGCCUACUUCACCCUAUUCUUCUUCUUAUUCCCCCUUUUCUCCUCCUUCUUCUAUUCGCUGGGGACGGAGUCGAUACGAUGAAGAGCAGCAAGAUUAUACUAGUAGCGGCUAUGGGAACAGGCAUGGGAAUAGUUGUGACUAUGGUGAUGGCAAUGGAUACCGAAAUGGGGAAGGCAUGUGGGAGCUCCCCGGGGGCAAGGUGCUCGACGAGGACUUCUGCAUCUCAGCGGCGGUGGCGCGGCAGGUGGCGGAGCAGACGGGGCUGCAGGUGGUGCGGGUGCUCGGGGCGCUGCAGGACGUGAGGCGCGUGGUCGAGGUGCGGAUACUGGACUGGGACGACGACGGGGUCGGGAUAUUCACGGCCGGAGGGAGUAGUAGUGGGGACUUGUCCGUGCUAGAUGGGGCCACGCUGACUUCGGCUACGGGGUCGCUUGGUAGUGGCAGAGGCAGUGGCAGAGGUGUUGGUGGGAUUAGGGGGAGUACCGGGUCGACGCAGUCGCGAAGGUCGCCGAUACAUAACCCGCAGCUGGUGCUGCGCAAGGAGUGCCUACAGCUGAACUACGCGGUGCUGGUGAAGAACCACGAGGACCUCGCCGUGAAGUCGCCGGAGCACGAAGAGCUGGUAUGGGCGAGCUUCAGCCGGGCCGAGGCGCUGCCUAUGCCGGAGGAGAUUAGGACCGUGGUUCACCAGGGGUUGGCGUUUGCGGGGGAGUUUUUAUUUUGAAUAACUACUAGGUUUGAAUGGAUAGAUCUACGCAUUAUACUUGGGGGUAUCUUAUUGGCUUUGUGUUUUUGCUACGGCUUAUUAUAAAUGUCAAACGUUGGUUGCUAUGGUGUUAAGGGGGGGUUCUGGGCAUAGAUUAUUUACUUACCUCCUACUUCAGGUACUCAGGUAUGUAUAUAUAUGGAACUAAGGUCGAGGAGUGUUGUAUAUAUAUUUUAGUUAACU